GCACCCUUAUAGGCGGAAAUCUAUCUAUAUUCCAAUGGCCACUGCCGGGGGCGGCAGCGGCAGUAGCGACGUCUUAUACAAAGAUCCCCAUCAGCCAGUUGAGAUAAGGGUUCAAGACCUCCUCUCCCGCAUGACGCUUCAGGAGAAGGUAGCUCAGAUGGCACAGAUCGAGCGGGCCGUCGUCUCCCCUACAGCCCUCACUGAACUUUCCAUCGGAAGCGUGCUCAGUUCUGGCGGCAGCGCCCCACAACCUUGCGCAUCUGCCCUCCACUGGGCCGACAUGGUUGAUGCCAUGCAGCGCUGCGCUCUCUCAUCUCGCCUCGGAAUUCCCAUCAUAUACUCCACUGACGCCGUCCACGGUCACAACAAUCUCCUCCACGCCACCAUCUUUCCCCACAACGUUGGUCUCGGUGCUACCAGAGAUGGAGAGCUAGCGCGCCGGAUUGGAGUUGCCACCGCACUCGAGGUUCGGGCCACUGGCAUUCACUGCACCUUCGCCCCCUGUGUCGCUGUCUGCCAAGACCCAAGAUGGGGUAGAUGCUAUGAGAGCUACAGUGAGGAUACUAAAAUUGUGCGGGACAUGACUACAAUUGUUUCAGGCUUGCAGGGUUCACCACCAAAAGACCACCUUCCAGGCUAUCCCUUUAUUGUAGGAAGCAAGAAUGUGAUUGCUUGUGCAAAACAUUUUGUUGGCGACGGAGGCACUCACAGAGGGAUAAAUGAAGGCAAUACCAACUGUUCAUUCGAGGAACUAGAAAAGAUUCAUAUUAUGCCGUAUCGUGACUGCCUUGAUCAGGGGGUUUGUACCAUAAUGGCAUCCUAUUCAAGCUGGAAUGACAGGGCGCUACACUCUGAUCGAUACCUCCUAACAGAUAUACUAAAGGGAAAACUUGGUUUUAAGGGUUUUCUGAUAUCAGAUUGGGAGGGCAUCGACAGGCUGACAUGGCCACAUUGGUCAAAUUACCGUUACUGCAUUUCAGCGUCAGUCAACGCUGGAAUUGACAUGAUUAUGGUGCCUCACAGAUAUGAAAGGUUUCUAGAAGAUAUAGUUUAUUUGGUCGAGUCAGGGGAGAUACCCAUGUCUAGGAUUGAUGAUGCUGUGGAGAGGAUUCUGAGGGUGAAAUUUGUCGCUGGGCUGUUUGAACAGCCUUUCUCAGACCGCUCAUUGACAAGUAUAGUUCGUUGCAAGGUACAAGCAUUUUGGAUGCUAUCAAAGAGGCAGUUGGGGAAAAAACUGAAGUCAUAUAUGAGCAGCACCCAUCAGAGGAUACUUUUGCAAACAAAGAGUUCUCGUUUGCAAUUGUAAUCGUGGGAGAGGUUGCAUAUGCUGAGAUACUCGGAGACAGGUCACAGCUCAACAUCCCACUCGGUGGUGCUGAGCUCAUAAGUCGUGUAGCUAGCAAAGUUCCCACAGUGGUGAUUGUAAUAUCUGGAAGGCCUUUGGUUUUUAAGCCAGAUUUGAUGGAUAAGAUAGAUGCUCUGGUUGCAGCUUGGCUACCAGGGACUGAAGGGAGUGGGGUUGCUGAUGUUCUAUUCGGAGAUUAUGACUUUGAAGGUUUGCUUCCAGUAACUUGGUUCAAAUCAGUAAGUCAGUUGCCGAUGAAUGCUGAUCAUCCAUCCUAUGACCCACUUUUUCCCAUUGGGUUUGGGUUGAAAAUGGGCCUCAACUGCAGUUAAGAAUCUGCACAAUCCGCUAUUGUGAUUUUAUUGUUCAUAUAUAAUUUAUGUGACAGGAAUAAGAUGAAAUUGCUUCAGGCUGCGCACAAGACUUCAAUAAGAUGAAAAUUUUGAAGGUAGCUAUUUUGAUUUUGUCCAAAAGAAAUUCUGAUUAUGUAUUUUUUUAAUUAUUCUUAUAAGUGUUUUUGAUGGAUGAAUGUUUU